AUUGUUCCGCGGGGGAACCACGGAGAAGCCGCUCGAGGCCGGAAAUAGCGCGGGGGCGGUACGACGUACCGGAAUUGCUCGCUCCCGGGUUGUUUCUGUUUGCAGUCGGGUGGAGGAGAUGCUCCGGGAGGCCGAGUGCGGGGAGCAGGAGGACGGUUAGAAAGCGGGCGGCGCAGCGUGGGGCCCGGGCCGGGCGGCGGGGCCGCAGCCAGACCAUGAGCUACACCAGGCAUUGGGGGGAACGGUUCCUGAACCUGCGGGUGCCCCCCGCCGGGGUGUUCGCCGUGGCCUUCCUGGCCCGGGUCGCCCUGGUUUUCUACGGUGUCUUCCAGGACCGGACUCUGCUGGUGCGGUACACCGACAUCGACUACCAUGUGUUCACGGACGCCGCGCGUUUCGUCACGGAAGGGCGCUCGCCUUACCUGAGGGCGACGUAUCGCUACACGCCGCUCCUGAGUUGGCUGCUCACUCCCAACAUCUACCUCACCGAGCUCUUCGGCAAGUUUCUCUUCAUCAGCUGCGAUCUCCUCACCGCCUUCCUCUUAUACCGCCUGCUGCUGCUCAAGGGGCUGGGGCGCCGCCAGGCCUGUGGCUACUGCGUCUUCUGGCUGCUUAACCCCUUACCCAUGGCGGUGUCGAGCCGUGGCAACGCUGACUCCAUCGUCGCCUCCCUGGUGCUCACGGCCCUGUACUUAAUAGAGAAGCGGCUGAUCGCGUGUGCCGCGGUGUUCUAUGGCUUCGCGGUGCACAUGAAGAUGUAUCCGGUCACCUACAUCCUCCCCAUAGCGCUCCACUUGCGGCCCGAGCGCGAAAGCGACGAGAGUCUCCGGCAAGCCCGCUACUCCUUCCAGGCUCGUCUGUACGACUUCCUGAGGCGGCUGUGUAGCUGGGCGGUGCUGCUCUUUGUCGCGGUGGCGGGACUCACGUUUUUUGCCCUGAACUUCGGUUUUUACUAUAAAUACGGUUGGGAGUUUUUGGAGCACACCUACCUCUAUCACCUGACCAGGAGGGACAUCCGCCACAACUUUUCUCCCUAUUUCUAUAUGCUGUACUUGACGGCAGAGAGCAAGUGGAGUUUCACCCUGGGGAUCGCCGCGUUCCUGCCACAGUUCAUCCUGCUUUCAGCCGUGUCUUUUGCCUAUUACAGAGAUCUGGACUUCUGUUGUUUUCUUCACACAUCCAUCUUUGUGACUUUUAACAAAGUUUGCACCUCUCAGUACUUCCUUUGGUACCUCUGCCUUCUGCCUCUGGUGAUGCCACUCGUGAGAAUCCCUUGGAGAAGAGCCAUAGUCCUCUUGAUGUUGUGGUUUAUAGGACAGGCCUUGUGGCUGACUCCCGCGUAUGUGCUAGAGUUUCAAGGCAAGAACACCUUCCUGUUUAUUUGGUUAGCGGGUUUGUUCUUUCUUCUGAUCAACUGUUCCAUCCUGAUUCAGAUUAUUUCCCAUUACAAGGAGGAACGCCUGAUAGAGAGGAUCAAAUAUGACUGACGUGCGUUCUGGAUCUUCUGCAGCUUCUGUUACAUUCUGAUCAUUCUGUAUGGACUGGGAAAGCUUUGCAAGUUUUUCCUCCCUGAACAUUCUGAGGACUCUAGUGAACGUUCCCUCGUUCUAAUAGAAAUGAAAACCAGUGUUGGCCUUCGAUGUAAAGGGGACCCAAUAAUUGAGGUCCAUCCUUUAGGAAGUCUUAGUUCUCAUCUGCUUGAGAGAAGUAAAGGUCCUUGUCUGACAGUCGGAAAGCCGAUGAAGCUAGAAGAUGCUCACAUGUUUUUGAACAGUAGAGAAGUCAACAUAAGGUCCCUAGCAGUGUUUGUUCCUGUCACACUGGGCCACUGUUGUCCCUUCAGCCCCCACCUUUCCUUUCUGCCGUGGUGACAGCUGCGAACUUUACAGAGUUCCCAAAGUACAACAUUUUUACAUAUAAAAUAUUAACACUACCAUGUGUGGUUGGGAAAGUUUGAAAUUUUUUGUAUUGGGGCUUAGAGAUAAACAAUCCAAAGAAUUUAAAUUGUGAUCAUGUAUUUGUUUUGUAAUUUGGUUUUUUCAGCAUUAGUACCGUUGGUAUUCGUUUUAUACCAAAAGAUUAAAUUUAAACUCAUCCGUUUUUAGAAUUGAGUUUUCAAAAAAGAAAUUGAGCACUAUUAUAAUAUUUAUAUGGUUAUCCUUUUUCUAAUUGCUAAAAAGAUUUUCACCUAGAAUUUAAGCUGAGUAUUGUCUGUUGUAAAAUUAGUAGACUUUAGGUGAUAAAACCUAAAGUUUUGGGUAAACCUCCUUUGCUCUCUUCUGGUUUAUCACCUAAGUCGUUACACUAUUGAUAGAUAAGGCAUUGCCCAGCUUAGGUCCUUCUCUCUGUAAGUUCCAUGAUGGGAAGGAAGGAGACUCCUGGAAAGCUCGUGUGCAUCCUGAGGGCUCACUGGUCUGGACGAAGAGUUACCAGGGAUGUGAGGAAGUGCAGAGAUGCGGCCUUGCUGGGCAGGUGCUGUCACUUACCACUGUGACAUUUCCUGGGGGAAAGUACUUUCUCAGCUGUAUGAAUAAGCAUCCUAAAAUAUUGUUAGAAAAGCUAGAGCCCAUCUAAGCUGAGGCUUCCUAACAUUCAAAGAUCUAGCAGCAGAUAGUAUGAUUUUGUGAUCAUGAUUUAAGAAAACCAGUGAAUUGUUUUCCAGACUUAAAAACACAACAAAUUUCUGAAAACAAAUACUCCUCCAGAAAAGUUGUUAUGUCAAGGCAAGCCUAAAAAGCCACCUCGAACUCCUGAGCGUUAUAGACAGUCCAGGCUGGCCUCAGACUGACGUCAUAGGCCAAGGUAGCCUCGAACUCUUGAGCAUUAGACAGUGUUAGUCCAGGCUGGCCUCAGACUGACUUCACAGGCUAAGGUAACCUCGAACUCCUGAUCCUUCUUCACACUGCUACCUCCCAAGAGCUGAGAUCACAGUCCUGUGCCACUGUGCCUGGCUCAGAGAUUCUUUAUCAAGAAAAUGCAAGUGUUUCUUAAGAUGUUUUGCAGUUUAUCUGCUGGAAACACUUAUUUUUUAUUACUUGUUCUAUGUGUAUGGGUGUUUUGCAUGUAUGUCUGUGCACCAUGUGCCCAAAGUGCCCAGAAGAGGGCAUUGAAUUCCUAGAACUAGAGUUACAACUGGUGAUAGCCACCAUGUGGGAGUCUUCUGGAAGAGCAGCCAGUGCUCCUAACCACUAAACCAACUCUCGAGCUCCCUGGUGCAAAAUAGUUAAUAAGUUAAAUGGAGAAAUGGUUUGAUCUGGUCUCUUGGAUUUUACUUUUCCAUUGCAACAAUAAACUUUUAAUUUGGGGAAGAGGCACAAAUACCAUGGCCUGUGUGUGGAGGUCAGAUGCACCUGAGACGUCAGAGGAAAUCUUGUGGUAGUUGACUGUCCUCUUUCCACUGCUGGCCCUGGGGAAUCAGACUUGGGUUGUCAGGCCUGUCAGCAGGUACCUUUUCACACGGAGCUGUCUGAUUGCUUUGGCUUCUUUUCACCGAUACCUGUUGUUUCCCGAUUAGUCCUUGAGUAGUACCUUAAAAUUGUGUGGCUUGUCAUUCCUCAAGCACCAUCCACUUUGUUGCGUUUUUAUUUUUUGGAGCUGUCCAGGUUGGCUGGGUUAACGGUCAGCAAGCCCUAAGGAUCUGUCUGUGUCUGCUUUGGCAGCACUGAGAUUCUAAGUAGAUGUACCUGCCCUUUUUUAUCUUUAUUUUUCUUUAAACAUUAGCCCAAUAACCCUUACUUUGCCCAGUCAAAAACAGAAUUGGCAACUAAGUAACCUCUUUCAUAACAGUUGAACACAUACUUUUAUCAACACUUCUGUCUCCCUUCUAAGAACCCCUCUCCCCACUACUACCACCACCACCACCACACACACAGACACAGAGAGAGAGACAGGGUUUCUCUGUGUUUCCCUGGCUGUUCUGGUAUUCACUCUGUAGACCAAGCUGACCCGAACUCAGAGAUCCUCCUGCCUCUGUCUCCCGAGUACUGGAAUUAAAGACAUGUGCUUGACUAGAAAAAGUUUAUCAUCCUUGUGUUUUAUGGCAGACUUUAUAGAUGAGAAGAAAGUUGGUUGUGGUGGCGCAUGCUGGUAGGAUUUGCUGAAGGAGGCAGAGGCAGGAGGAUCACGUGUUCGAGGCCAGCCCGGGCUACAUAUUUUGGCCGGGCGAUGGUGGCGCACGCCUUUAAUCCCAGCUCUCGGGAGGCAGAGGCAGGCGGAUCUCUGUGAGUUCGAGACCAGCCUGGUCUACAGAGCUAGUUCCAGGACAGGCUCCAAAGCCACAGAGAAACCCUGUUUCAACCAAAAAAAAAAAAAAAAAAAAUAGAUGAGAGGAAAUACAUCUUGGGGAUCCAUUCUUUUCUCACUCAGUGACAGUAGUUGCUUAAUUGAUUUUGUAUCGUGAUGAUGGUUUUCAUGGUUAAUUUAGAGCACGGCUCUGCCACAGCUUAAGCUCUAUGACAGCACUUCAGAUUUGGUGUUUGUACUUAGACGUACUUGUCUAACAGAGGAGUAAAGUGUUUUAAAGAUUAAAUGACUUGAUAAUAAAUGACAGAACUAGAAUUUUAAGUGAAUUCUCCCAACUAACAUGCCUUUUUCACUGUGUUUUAGAUUUCAGAGUACCCAGACCUAGCAGAUGCUUUCUGC